AUGAAAGGCCCUCUCAUGAUCGCGUCUUGGUCGCCCCUCUGGUGGAUCGUCAUCCUGGCCUCGGUGCAGCAGCUCUCCGCAGGAGCGAUCGAGGAGCCGUGCGGCGGCAGAGACUGCUCUGAGUGUCGCUGCUUUCCUGCUAAAGGUGCUCGGGGCGCUCCGGGGAAGCUCGGCCAGCAGGGCUCUCAAGGCCCCACUGGCCCACCGGGUCACGCAGGACCGCAUGGAGAGAAAGGUCGGCGAGGAGCAGAGGGCCCGCCGGGGCUCCAGGGGCCCAACGGAGACGCGGGAAAGACCGGCGCUCCUGGAUUUCCUGGAAACGGAGGCUCUCCGGGUCACCCGGGAGCUGGCGGAGAGCCCGGUGUCCCCGGGGAGGACGGCUGUAAUGGGACCAGAGGCCUGCCGGGGCCCCCCGGGGGUCCCGGCUUCAUUGGCUUCCCGGGACUGCAGGGUCCGGACGGGGACAGGGGGUUUCCAGGUCUGACUGGACGGACCGGACCGAAGGGUUACCCCGGUGAGCCAGGUUACCCCGGACCGGUGCGCUACCAAGACGGAAUCGAAGCGAGAGGUCCUAAAGGGGACCAAGGCUACCCAGGAGUGGCUGGAGAACCAGGGGACAUCGGGCCCAUGGGAAGACCGGGGCCUCCGGGUCCACCAGGCUCAACAGACGGAUUCGUCACUUUAGAGCCAGUUGGUCCGAAGGGCUUCAAGGGAGAACCGGGAAGGUUUAACAACUUUGAGACCAAUCCGAUGCCGGGACCAAAGGGGUUCAAAGGAUUUCCAGGAGCUAAAGGUGUUCUGGGUCUCCCUGGUCCUCCAGAUUACUACUGCGAGCCCGGGUACCCGGGAGAGCCCGGUGAGACUGGUCCCAAAGGAGUGAAAGGAGACAGGGGCCUCCUGGGAAUUAAAGGUGAGCUGGGUGGGCGGGGUCCCGUCCCUGGACGGGCGGCUCAGCUGUCCUGGAGAGUGUCGGUGCAGUCCGACUGUUGGGGGGCCGGAUACGCAGGAUCAGCCGGACGGAAAGGCCAACCAGGUUCACCUGGAUCCAAAGGCUUUCCAGGGGCUGCAGGUCCACCAGGUCCAGGUUUUCCAGGCCCUAAGGGGUUACCUGGGCCAAAGGGAGAUCAGGGACUCCCCGGAUUUACGGGAGUUCCCGGACGACCGGGCCCUCCAGGGGAUUCUGGGAUCUGCACCCCUUGUAGCGUGGGCACACCUGGUCUGAAGGGCGAGCCGGGUUCGCCAGGAUACCCAGGUGAGCCUGGUGGGCCCGGUCAGCCUGGAGGACCAGGUGCUCCGGGCGUGAAGGGCCUGAGAGGAGACGACGGCAGUGGAGCGUUUGGACCGCCAGGAAGUCCAGGUUCACCCGGAGAUCCGGGUGACUCCGGUUCCCCUGGAGUAACGCUGGAAGGCCCUCAAGGCGCUCCUGGAUCACCAGGAGUCCCGGGCAGGAAGGGGGAGCCUGGAGAAGCUUAUUCCGCCACGACGGGUGCUCCCGGCCCACCGGGGAGUCCCGGUACUCCGGGACGACAGGGACCCGCCGGAGUGCCCGGUAGUCCAGGUUCAGCAGGUGGGAAUUCUCACUCCGGUUAUCCUGAACCUCCAGGCGUGCCGGGGCAGCCUGGACCGCCAGGCCCUAAAGGAGUGCCGGGAGCCCACGGUAAUCCGGGACUGGACGGUGAACGUGGUCCUCCGUGCACGCCCUGCGACGUGCACGGCAUACCGGGCCCUCCGGGAUCUCCCGGAGCCCCGGGACGCCAGGGAGCUCCAGGCUCCUCCGGUGUGAAGGGUCUGAAAGGAGAUGUGGGUCCACCUGUCCGAGGACAGAGAGGCCUGCCGGGCUUCCCGGGGCGUCCCGGCGCACCGGGAUCCGGCGGACGGAGGGGCAAUCUGGGCCCUCCGGGAGAUCCUGGGAGUGACGGCUACCCGGGACAGAAAGGCGUGAGCGGCUCCCCGGGCCCGCCCGGCACCAGACCUGCACCCGGCCCUCCAGGGCCUCUGGGACCGAGAGGUAAACAGGGAGAUCGGGGCUAUGACGGCCCCCCCGGUGAGCCCGCACUUCCAGGACCCCCUGGUCUGAAAGGUCUGCCUGGACCUCCUGGACCUCCAGGACCGCAGAGUGUUCUGAACGUGACUAAAGGCCUGGCGGGUCUGCCAGGACCGAGGGGCCCUCCGGGCUACCAAGGAAUCAGAGAGCUGCUGGAUGAACUCACUGUCUCGUGGCGCGACAAGCCGUACAGGGAGAAACACCCCGUGGCAGGCAGCUCCAUGUUCGACUGCGAGGGAAUGGAGAAUCACGGUCUGAUGGUGAUCAAGGACCAUCUUACGGCCAACCGGGGCCUCCAGGACCCAAAGGUUUGCCAGGAGAACGUCAACGAGAUGACUGCAAAGGAAAUCCCGGAGAUCCAGGUGAUCCGGGACCCAGUGGAAGGCCGGGUCAACCUGGACCUAAAGGGGAACCUGGAGAAUCGAGACGAACUGGAGGACCAGGGUCCCCGGGGCCUCGAGGUCCUUCAGGCCUUCCAGGUUAUCCAGGCCCACAAGGUGAUCCUGGAGGUGCUGGGCCGCUGGGCCCACCGGGUCCAGCUGGACCUCCAGGUCCUCCUGGACCACCGGGGCCUCCUGGGGGAAGCUUUUCCUCCAAAGGAGAUCCAGGGCGGACCGGCCCCCCGGGCUUACCAGGCCAGAAGGGAUAUCAAGGCCCCCCAGGGCCUCCUGGACCCCCUGGGUCGCAGUUCUUUCCAGGACCAAAAGGUAGAGAACAGCAGUGUCUCAGGCGAGUUCCUGCAGUUUGAGUCCAACUCGUCCGACUGUCACCUCGUUCCCGCAGGUCAGAAAGGUCAGUACGGUCGCAUGGGCUUCCAGGGACCCAAAGGUCGGCAAGGUGCGCCCGGGCCCGACGGCAGGAAAGGUGACAAAGGCUCAGCUGGAGACCGGGGAGAAAAAGGUCCUGCUGGGUCUGUUGGUCUGCCCGGCUCCACGGGUCCUCCUGGUCGUCCAGGUCCACCUGGUGAUCCAGGAGACGUUGGCGUGCCAGGAUUUGUUGGACCACAAGGCUUUCCUGGCCCGCCGGGCGACCGCGGUCCCACGUCCGGCUGCGUCCCGCACAGCUCCGGCUUCCUGUUGGUGAUCCACAGCCAGUCGGUGGACGUCCCGCUGUGUCCUGCGGGCAGCAGUCAGCUGUGGGUGGGCUAUAGCCUGGUUUACCUGGAGGCACAAGAGAACGUUCACACACAGGAUCUUGGUCAGCCCGGAUCCUGCCUCCGCAGCUUCUCCACCAUGCCGUUCUCCUACUGCAACACCGCCGCCUGCCACUACUCCAGCCGCAACGACAAAUCCUGCUGGCUGUCCACCACCGCUCCCAUACCCAUGAUGCCGCUCUUCGGCACGGAGAUCGUCCCCCACAUCAGCCGCUGUGUGGUCUGCGAGAUGCGCGCCCCCGUGGCUGCUUUCCACAGCCAGGACCUCUCCGUCCCGCCGUGCCCGCGCGGCUGGAGGAGCCUGUGGACCGGAUACUCCUUCCUCCUGCACACGUCUUCGAGCGAACAGGGCGGCGGACAGCCGCUCAGCUCCUCCGGAAGCUGCCUGAAGGAUUUCCGGACUCACCCGUUCGUGGAGUGUCAGGGCGGUCGAGGUUCCUGUCACUACUUCGCGAACCUGUACAGUUACUGGCUGACUGUCGUCCACCCCGCCGAGCAGUUCGUCACCAAGAGGUCCCACACCAUCAAAGCACUUGAUGAGCAGCGCCGUAAAACCAGCCAGUGCAACGUCUGCCUCAGAGACUGA